GGGAAGAAGAUCCCGGGAGGGAACCGUACGGGCUGCCGCAAAACAGCUGGGAGCUUGAAACCCAUGGAGAAGUCACUUCUCUUUCCCUCGCUGACCACUUCUGCCGGGAACGACCGGGACAGUCGCAGCCGAAGCGGCGGGGCUAUCAUGGUGAACUUACUUCAGAUUGUGCGAGACCACUGGGUUCAUGUUCUUGUCCCCAUGGGAUUUGUCAUUGGAUAUUAUUUGGACACAAAGAGUGAUGAACGGCUAACUGCCUUCCGGAACAAGAGUAUGUUAUUUAAAAGGGACUUGCAACCCAGUGAAGAAGUUACCUGGAAGUAAAGACUGGCUGGAUUAUCGAAUGUUCACAUUUUAAAGUUCUGAGAGAAAUAAAAACAUGAAGAACCUGAAA